AUGCAACCAAAAUGUGUUCACUGUGCUGGGAAUCAUUAUUCAAAUGCUGUUAAAUGUCCAAUAGUUAAACAGUAUCGUGCUGAAUUAACCAAAAAACUGCUGUCGGUUAAUUGUACAGCAACAACAGAAAUCAACAAUUUGCUCUACAACCCUGCUAAUUUUCCACCAUUGCAUCCAUCACAAAAAGUAUCAAUUGCAGGAACAAACAACAUGCUUAGGACAAAAUUAGAUGAACUGGUUAAUAAUAUGUCAAAAAUGAACGAGGCAUUGGAUAAAAUAGUUGCUAAGAAUGAGAAAGUGGAACAGUUUAUGCACGAUAAAAUUAGAAGUGAUAAAAUUAUUGCAGAUGAUAUCGAAUUACUAAAAAAGAAUGAUAAAACGCUUGAAACUAAUUUGGUGCAACAUGAAUUAAAACUAAAGCGACAUGAAAAUCUAACAACUAAGCAUGAAGAUAUUUUCUCUAAAUUGAUGUUACCAACUUUAAAUGAAAUGUCAAAGGUCAUAUUAUCAUUCAAUCAAGAUAGACAAGGACGAUCAAUUGAUCGUAGUUUGAAGACUAACUUGGAAGUUAUGCGUAAACAACUGAAACUGGCCAUGGAAGGUAAAAUCUAUUAA